CCUCCAUUAGCAGGUGCAGGAAAAAUUAAAACUAGCCUCCCUUUUUUCUGCAUCUGUUAUAUAUAUCAUUUUUACAAAUCAAAAAUAUAUAUUAAAAAAUUUCUCCCCGUAGCCCUUUCUUCUCUGAUAAUCAAUAAUUUUUGGAAAAAGAAAAAAGUUUAGAAAUAGAUAAUAGUAUGAAAAUGCCGUCUUUGGAGGAUGAGCUGUUCCCGUCGACGCCAGGAAAGUUCAAGAUCGACAGAGCCCACAAUAUGAACCGUCAGUUCCACCGUUGCUUCGCUUCAACCAGCACCAUGUUUUUAUGGGCUCUUUUCUUGAUCGCAUUGACGGCGUCGUAUUUGAGCUUCCAGAGUUUCGUUGAUUCUGGUAGCCGCUAUUUCUCUGCUUCCUGGGGUGGUAUCCAAUGGGAAAAGCAUGUCCGUAACUCCGCUCAGAUCCACCGUUCUGGUGGCAUGUCCGUUCUUGUAACUGGAGCGGCUGGUUUCGUUGGUACACACGUCUCCCUUGCCCUCAAAAAACGCGGAGACGGAGUCGUUGGCCUUGACAACUUCAAUAACUAUUACGAUCCUUCGUUGAAAAGAGCGAGGAAAUCGCUGCUUAACAGCCAUGGCAUUUUGGUCGUUGAAGGUGAUUUGAACGACGCCAAGCUAUUGACUAAGCUUUUCGACGUGGUGGCUUUUACUCACGUGAUGCAUUUGGCCGCUCAAGCCGGGGUCCGGUACGCUAUGGAAAACCCUAACUCUUACGUUCAUAGCAACGUAGCCGGUCUUGUCAUGCUUCUCGAAACCUGCAAGUCUGCAAAUCCCCAGCCGGCUAUUGUCUGGGCAUCCUCCAGUUCGGUUUACGGUUUAAACGAAAAAGUUCCAUUCUCUGAAGCGGACCGGACCGACCAGCCGGCUAGUUUAUACGCAGCCACCAAAAAGGCAGGUGAAGAAAUUACCCACACUUAUAAUCAUAUUUACGGUCUGUCAAUUACUGGCUUGAGAUUUUUUACUGUGUACGGUCCAUGGGGAAGGCCUGAUAUGGCGUAUUUUUCGUUUACGAGAAAUAUUUUGCAAGGGAAGCCGAUCACCAUGUAUCGGGGAAAGAAUCGGUCUGAUUUGGCACGAGAUUUUACCUACAUUGACGAUAUCGUGAAAGGUUGUUUGGGAUCGUUGGAUACAUCCGGGAAAAGCACCGGGUCUGGUGGGAAGAAACGGGGGCCUGCUCCGUAUAGAAUCUUUAAUUUGGGCAACACGUCGCCGGUUAAGGUGCCGGAAUUGGUGAAUAUUUUGGAGAGACAUUUGAAGGUGAAAGCGAAAAGGAAUAUCGUGGAUAUGCCUGGAAACGGUGACGUUCCAUUCACACACGCGAAUAUCAGUUCGGCCCAAAGAGAAUUCGGGUAUAAGCCGACAACCGAUUUGCAAACCGGGUUGAAGAAAUUUGUUAGAUGGUAUUUAUCUUAUUAUGGUUAUAGUAACCGCAAAGGUGUACGAUAAAAUUUUUUUUCUUGUUUUUGUUUUUCUUAUAUUUUAUAUAUAGGGAUUUUUUAUUUUUCUCAUUAAAAAGAAAAAUGCAAUGGGAAAACUAAAGGAAACCUGUAUAAGUUGAAAGAAAAAGACGAGGAUUACACAUUUUUUGGCUGGGGGAGCAGUGAAAACUUUUUAACCCCGGUAGUUUUGUUGUUUGUUAGUUCUUUUUUUUUUUUGUGUAAGUAAAGUUUAUAAAUUGUAUUUUCCUUAAUUUCUUGGUUUGUUUCAUAUUAACUAACUAAUUUAAAUUUCAUUGUC